AUGUCGUCAUCCCAACCACAAAGAACAAUGAGCCCUCCUCGUCCUCGUCCUCGUGAUUUAGAAUCAGAGGAACAUUCAUCAUGGGAUGAUAAUGAAUCGGUCCUUUCAGGUGCCAGUGGUGGUGAUAGGCGAUCCCGUAGUCAAAGACGUGGCGGUCGUAAUAGGCGACGACGUCGUCAACAACAUCGUGUACAAGAUGAAGAUGGUAACCAAGCAACAGUAACUCGUGAAGUUGAAAAACAGCAACCUGUCGCCAAAGCUGAGGAUGGAGGUGGUGGUGGUCAUACUCCACUCAAGCUUCGAUUGGAUCUCAACCUUGAUGUAGAAAUCGAGUUGCGUGCUAGAGUCCAUGGUGAUGUUACCUUGGCUUUGUUGAGCUAA